AUGGCGUCCCCGAAUUCACUCUCGUCAGCCUACAAUUCCGCCUUAUAUCAACAAUCCGCCCGACCAAUGUCCCGUCCUGUGGUCUCUCGUUCCGGGUCGAGACGGGCGUCGCCAGCGCUACAGUACGCCGAGUCUAAACCAUCGGUCGCAAGAACCUAUACUGGGGACAGCUCUGAUGAUGAAGUGCCAGAGCCAAAGUUCAGCGCCUCGGUAAAGGCGCUCCUGGACGGAGAUGGGUUGGGAUCUUCUCCUCAUCUCCACAGAGGCCAACAACAGUAUCAAUACCGGCAACAACAACAACCUUCCUCAUAUGAGCGCCGGUCGGCCGCCAACUUGCGACAACAGAGCCAAUCGCCUCGGAACGCCUCGCCUCACGAUCAAUCCAAUGGGAGUCCUGUUCCACGAGUCGUUCGAAUUGGUGCCAUCUCGUCCUCGUCGGCCAGAUUCUCUCGCGAAGGUUCCCCAUUGGCACACAGUCACAAUGCCGAAUCGGAAGCGCAAGACCGCCCCAACGAUUUCAUAACGCCCGCGCCGCGACCACGAAGCGUCAGAAUCAAUGCGUCGCGGAGCAACACCCGCUCCCCUUCAUCUGUCUCGCCUUCCGCAAAACGCGCAACAGAUCGUCAAUCGGGUGAGGGGUAUGGCAGUGGUGAGCGUUCGGAUGGCGAGUGGAAGUCGCGUCAUAAAGAUGAUUAUCUGUCCCGAGUCGGAGCAUCCUCGGUUUUGCGCAGUCGCGCCGGUGACGAAGUCGCACCACACAGUUCCCUACGAGUGAAGCGCGUCGGGCGGCUUACCGGAACAUUCCUCAAUGGACCAGCACGUAGAGGAGUCCUGCGUCGGCAAAGCGAGGAGAACAAUGAAGAACAUCACAUGAUGAAUGAGGAUAUCAUUCGUGAGCAUGAUGCGCGACAAGAGGCCGAUGACGAGCGUCAUCACCAGCCCCGAAGCUCUACGAAAGCAUCUUCGCCCAAGGUAUCAUGGGCAGAUCCCAAUCCUACCUCAGAAGAAAACGGGUACGACCAACAUCAGCAGCGUCUUCGUUCCGACAGGUCUGCAAACCGAGCCAGUGGAGAUUGGUUAUUUUCCAGGUCCGCAUCGCCCAAAUCGAAUGAGUCCCAAUCCAAGUCCACGCCGGCCUCUUCAGAGGUCUCUUCCAAGUCUUCGGGUGGGAAAGAGCAGCCUGUCUUCAAGGUACCGUCACUGCCACCAUUAUUACCCUCUGCAAGGGAUCAAGAGAAUGAACCUCCACCAACCUUCAAGCGUGCCAAAUCACAGGGCCUCGGUUUGCUAGAUAAGCCCGAGAGAAUCUCUGUUGUAUAUGAUACCGAAAAGAAAGAUGCAGCGGCAGAGACUCCCGCCGAGAGUCCUGCACGAAAGGUUCUCGCCCACAGAAGCAGCAAUACGCCACACCGGCCAGCGCCUCCGCCUCCCAAGAUGUCAGUCUUAGAGACCGCAACCGCUACAGGCGGUGCGUCUUCAUCCCAGUCAAGGAAAAAGCGAACACAAGUGUCUAUCAAUCACAAGCAUUUCACUCGCUUAGAUUGCAUUGGUCGUGGCGGCAGCUCUCGGGUGUAUCGUGUCAUGGCCGAGAAUUACAAGAUUUUUGCGCUCAAGCGCGUCAAUUUGGAAGACGUGGAUCCAGUGACCUUGACUGGGUACAAGGGUGAGAUUGAUCUCCUGAAGAAACUCGAAAACGUGGACCGUGUGGUGCGAUUGUUCGACUGGGAGCUCAAUUUGGACAAACACUGUCUCAGCGUCCUGAUGGAAAUCGGCGAGUCGGAUUUGGAGAAAAUCCUGACCUACCGUCUCAAUGCCGAGGAUGCUGUGUUUGAUAUCAACUUUACUCGUUUCUACUGGAAAGAAAUGCUUGAGUGCGUGCAAGCUGUACAUGAGCACAACAUUGUACACUCUGAUCUGAAGCCAGCCAACUUUCUCAUGGUCCAGGGCCGACUGAAAUUGAUUGACUUUGGAAUUGCAAACGCGAUCCAAGACAACACCGUCAAUGUUCAUCGAGAACAACAAGUGGGCACUCCCAAUUACAUGUCGCCCGAAGCGUUGGUGGAUUCCAAUGCCUCGCUUGGCUUGCCAGCAAGCAUGGGUAAGAUGAUGAAGUUGGGAAAGCCCAGCGAUGUGUGGAGUCUGGGAUGCAUCCUAUACAAGAUGGUGUACGGGCAACCGCCCUUUGGUAAAAUUGCCAAGUACUACGAGCGUAUCAUGGCCAUUCCGAAUCCUCGUGUGCAAAUUGACUUUCCUAGCCAUGGUGUCGGCGGCGUGCCAGUACCUUCCGGACUGAUCAAAACCUUGAAGCGAUGCCUUCAGCGAGAUCAGACCUUGCGCCCAACGAUUGAGGAAAUGCUUGGUCCCCGUGACCCUUUCCUGCAUCCGGACGCCCAGUUGGAGGGCGCCGUGCCCGUCACCCAAGACAUGCUUGGCCGCAUCUUGGCCAAUGUCGUCAAUCACUGCAAAGCCCGGGGCAUUCCAAAGGAAGAAGAGCUGACCGCCUGGCCUGCGGGCUUUUUUGCAAAAAUCAAAGCGGCUCUUGAAGAAGAAAAUGUCUAA